UCAGAAUGUGGGAAAUGUUUUACUGAAAACUCAUGUCUUGUUCAACAUCAAAGAACUCACACAGGGGAGAAGCCAUUUUCAUGUUCACAAUGUGGGAAAUGUUUUACUAAGAAAUCAAAUAUUGUUAAACAUCAAAGAACUCACACAGGGGAGAAGCCAUUUUCAUGCUCAGAAUGUGGGAAAUGUUUUACUUUCAAAGGAGAUGUUACUCGACAUAAAAAAACUCACACAGGAGAGAAGCCAUUUUCAUGUUCAGAAUGUGGAAAAUCUUUUACUGUAAAAUCACAUCUUGUUAAACAUCAAAGAACUCACACAGGGGAGAGGCCAUUUUCAUGCUUAGAAUGUGGGAAAUGUUUUACUUUUAAAUCAAAUCUUCUUGUACAUCAAAGACAUCACACAGGAGAGAAGCCAUUUUCAUGUUCAGAAUGUGGUAAAUAUUAUACUGAAAAAUCAAAUCUUGUUAAACAUCAAAGAACACACACAGGGGAGAAGCCUUUUUCAUGUUCAGAAUGUGGGAAAUGUUUUACUGAAAAAUCAGGUCUUGUUCAACAUCAAAGAACUCACACAGGGGAGAAGCCAUUUUCAUGUUCACAAUGUGGGAACUGCUUUACUAAGAAAUCAAAUAUUGUUAAACAUCAAAGAACUCACACAGGGGAGAAGCCAUUUUCAUGCUCAGAAUGUGGGAAAUGUUUUACUUUCAAAGGAGAUGUUACUCGACAUAAAAAAACUCACACAGGAGAGAAGCUAUUUUCAUGCUCAGAAUGUGGGAAAUGUUUUACUGAGAAAUCAAAUCUUGUUAGACAUCAAAGAACUCACACAGGGGAGAAGCCAUUUUCAUGUGCAGAAUGUGGGAAAUGUUUUACUCAGCAAUCAAAUCUUGUUAAACAUCAAAGAACUCACACAGGGGAGAAGCCAUUUUCAUGUGCAGAAUGUGGGAAAUGUUUUACUCAGCAAUCAAAUCUUGUUAAACAUCAAAGAACUCACACAGGAGAGAAGCCAAUUUAGAGCAAUAAAUGAUGCAGAUAACACAUCUAUAUAUUAUCCAUGU